AUGGGUUCGCCAAUAUCCAGCCUGGUUGCAGAACUAGUCCUGCAGGAACUGGAAAAAGUCGCCUUCGACCACUAUGAACCUGCAUUUUGGCGCCGGUACGUGGACGACACGUUCGUCAUAAUUGAAAGGAGCAGACUGGCCGACUUCCAAGACCUGCUCAACGGCAUCUUCCCAGACAUUCAGUUCACAAGGGAAGAAGAGCAUACCGAACAGCUGCCUUUCCUUGACGUUCGCAUCACACGCACACCCAACGGCGAACUCAACACCACGGUGUACAGAAAGGCGACUAACACGACUCAGAUUCUCAACUACCACAGUAACCACCCAAUGGCUCAUAAACGCAGCUGUGUUAGGACACUCUUCCAGAGGGUAAAAACGCACUGCAGUGAACCAGAGGGACGAGUACGAGAACUUCGGCAUCUUCGGGACCAACUGGCAAGGAAUGGAUACCCGAACAGCUUCGUCAGCCGCUGCCUCCGCAGGCGCCCACGGCGAAAAAACGGAGGAGAGCCGCCAAAACUCUGGCACCCUCUGCCAUAUAUAAAGAACGUAUCCGAAGCGAUGGAACGUAUUGCUGGAGAGCUCGGCGUGGGUAUCGCUCACCGUCCGACAGCGACCAUGCGCAGCAAAAUCAUGCAAGUGAAGGAUCGCCUAGACGUGGGUGAACAAUCGGGCGUCGACUAUCAGAUCCCAUGUCGGGACUGCCCUCGCCUAGCUCACGAAUAA